GAGAUCAUCGAUCUGACCUGCGAGGACAUGAGUACAGACCCAGCACCGUGUAGCAGCCUCACCAUCAUCGACCUCACAGAGGACUCGUGCAGCCCUCCCCACAGCCCUCCCCACACUGCCACUGGGGCUGACCAGGACCCCGGGCAGGCACCUACAGCCCCAGCAGCACACACGUCCCAUCCCCACCUCUGCUUCACCACAAAACAAGAAACAGAGGUGAUGGCAAGGACAACUCCUGUAACGUCCUGGCACAGUGCUGCCGCAGAGCCCAGUGUCACCGCAGACACGGCAGAAAGCACAAAGAACUGCAGCUGCUCCUCUCCCGCCUCCAGCCGCCAUGGCUCCUGCAGCUCGGAGCAGAACUGCAGCACCACUACUUUUAACAGUGACUUGGGCUCCCUGGCCAGCAUGCAGCUGGACUCAGACCUGCUGUCCCCGUCCCCCUCCAGCGUGGACAGCAACAGUAGCAGCUGGAGGGACAGUGGCCCAGAGGAAGAGACUCCCCACCUCUGCCAGCAAAGGGAGCUGCCCCCAGUGCUGAGCCCUGCCCCAGCCAUCCCCACAGUCCCUGAGAAGGCCCAGGGGCCUUUGCUGGAAGCAGGUGACUUCCCACCACUUGAAGCAAUCCAGCAAGUGACCCCAGCCAAGACCAAGGCUGACAGCAAGGCCUGGUUGAACAAACUGCACUAUUUCAGGAGGAGCGGAGUCCAGCACCUCUUCCUCCAAGGCGUAGCACCCAGCAGGGAAACACAGCAGCAGAAACCUGAGCUCAUCCCCAGCGGGAAGCUGAGCAUGGUGCGCACCACCAUGGAGGAAAACUACCUGGAGGGCACCUUGCAUUUCCUGAGCGAGUUUGUCUCCUGCCAGCACUGUCCUCCCAAAGAAAUCAUCUCCCACCUGAUCAGACAGAUCCUGUUGAUCCCCCACCGAGGGGAGAUCCUGAGGGACACCUACAUGCUGCUGAUGAAGAUCCAAAUGCUCCAUCCAGCCAACGCCACCACAGUGGGAUGGGACUGGAUGCUGCUGAAAUACAUCAUGGAAGACGAGGAGAAGCCCCCUGGCUGGCUCUUCUUCCUGCAGUACGUGGUGCAGACCCUGGAUGACGACUUCCAGCAGAAUCUGAGGUUGCGCCUGCUGCAGAAGUCGAUUGCCAAGAAAGUGCUUUCGUGUGACACGUGCUUCAACAAUGUCAAGGAGGUGGUCGAAUGGUUGGUCGCAGCAGUUACAGGAGUCGGGUUCUCCCAGCCCCAGGAGCAGCUACAAGAAACGACUUCCUCUUCAGCAGAAGCACAGGCCGAGCGCAGCUCCUCUGCACCACGGCUGGCCAGCACCGACCAGGCAGAGGUGGUUCCACCAGCCUGCUUUGCCCAGAAGGUGAUGCUCCUGCUCCAGCGGAUGUUGUCCAUCGCAGUGGAAGUGGACAAAUCUCCCAACUGCAGCUCCUGUAAGAUCGCAGAUGUGAUAUUCCCAUUUAUACUGAAUAUUCCUCUGAGGAGCCAAAGGGAAGCUUUCUUAAACACCAUGGACAGCCAGCUUCUACGCUGCAAACUGCUAGAGCUGCUGUUCCAGCAUAGUUGUGAUGUGCCUACGACCUUGCCCUUGUCUCUGGCCAAGAUCCUGUAUUUCCUGAGCCACUCCUCCGUGCUGCUGCAAUAUCAGGAUGAAACAGCAACAUGGCAAAGAUGGGAUGAAAUGCUGCAGUACUUGAGUUUGCUGCUCAUGAGUUACCAAAAUGUAAUACGGGAGCACUUACGGAGCUCACUCAACGACCGGAUGGACCUGAUCAUUCAGAAAGCCAAGCCCAAGCGCCAGGACUGCGACGACAUCAGCCACCUGGACAUUCGUCUGCAGAUAGAGGACUUCAUCAACCGAAUGCAGCAGAUCCUGGGGCAGCCUUUUCCCCUGCAGAUCAUGGAGAAAUUGUGCAUGCUUCGGGACUUGCUUCUCAUUGUCACUGCUACCUGA